GCCUCAGCACUGAAGUCCAACCCCUCCCAUCUGAGAGAGCUGGACAUGACUAUUAGCACCACCACGAAUUCAGGAGAGAAGCUGCUGUCUGUUGGACUGAAGAGUCCAAACUGUAGACUGGAGAUUUUGAGACUGAGGGGCUGCAGAGACUAUGAGAUGAAGUGUGAUUCUCUGCUCUCAGCUCUGAAGUCCAACCCUUCCCAUCUGAGAGAGCUGGAGCUGACUAACAACAAUCCUUAUCAUUCAGGGGUGAAGCAGCUGUGUGAAUUUCUGCAUAGUCCAGACUGUAGACUGGAGACUUUGAGACUGAGUGGCUGUGGCAUGAAAGAGAUCAGCUGUGCUUUUCUGGCCUCGGCUCUGAAGGCCAACCCGUCCCUUCUGAGAGAGCUGGACCUGAGUGGAAACGACCUGGAGGAAUCAGGAGAGAAGGAGCUGCUGGUUGCUGAACUGUAUGAACUGUCGAAUCCAGGCGGUAUACUGGACGCUCUGAGGCUGAUGGACUACAGGAUUUUAGAUAUGACGUGGGAUAAGGAUCUGACCUCUUUGAGGUUGAACCCUUCUGAUGUAAGAGAGCUGCAGCUGAGACAACGAAAGCUGCAGGAUUCAGCGGUGAAGCUGCUGUGUGAUUUUCUGGAGAGUCCAAAGUGUAGACUGGAGACUCUCAGGCUGAGUUCCUGCAGUUUAUCAGAGAUCAGCUGUGCUUCUGUGGUCUCAGCUCUGAUGUCCAACCCCUCCCAUCUGACAGAACUGGACCUGAGUGGAAACAACCUGCAGGAUUCAGGAGUGAAACUGCUGUCUGCUGGACUGCAGAGUCCACACUGCAGACUGGAGACUCUCAGACUGAGGAACUGCAACUUGUCAGAGAUCAGCUGUGCUUCUCUGGUCUCGGCUCUGAAGUCCAACCCCUCACAUCUCAGAGAGCUGGACCUGAGUGACAACAAGCUGCAGGAUUCAGGAGGGAAGCUGCUGUCUGCUGGACUGGAGAGUCUAAACUGUGGACUGGAGAGACUGAGACUGAGUGGCUGCAGUCUGUCAGAGAUCAGCUGUGCUUCUCUGGUCUCAGCUCUGAAGUCCAACCCCUCACAUCUGAGAGUUCUGGACCUGAGUGGAAACCCCCUGCAGGAUUCAGGAGUGAAGCUGCUGUGUGACUUCCUGCAGAGUCCACACUGCAGACUGGAGACUCUGAGACUGAGUUCCUGCAGUUUAUCAGAGAUCAGCUGUGCUUCUGUGGCCUCAGCUCUCAAGUCCAACCCCUCCCAUCUGACAGAACUGGACCUGAGUGGCAACAACCUGCAGGAUUCAGGAGUGAAGCUGCUGUCUGCAGAACUGCAGAGUCCGCACUGCAGACUGGAGACUCUCAGAUUAAAGAACUGCACUUUGUCGGAGAUCAGCUGGGCUUUUCUGGACUCAGUUUUGAAGUCCAACCCCUCACAUCUGAGAGAGCUGGACCUGAGUGACAACAAUCUGAAGGGUACAGGAGUGAAGCUGCUGUCUGCUGGACAAGAGAUUCAGCAGUAUAGAGUGGAGCGAAAGCAGAUGCUGCAGGCUAUGAGGAAGAUCAGCCUAUAUCCACACAGAGGACCUCGUAUUUACAAGGUGACUGGAGUGCAGGAGUUGCAUGAUUUGGUGGAAAAGGAGCACAGAUCAGAAUCUUCAGGAUCCCGCGACCCUGACAGCUCUAAAGACAUUCCUUCAGAUUUCAGUAAUCAACCUGGACCCUCAGACACAAAGGUGGAUGGCAGAGAAUACACAGCUACACUGGACAGACCUGACAGACCUGACAGACCUGACAGACCAGAUCCGUCCACUUUGAAGACGAAGCUCGAUGAGGACAGAGUGGAGGAAGAGGAUCAGCCGAGUCCUGAUGAUCCAGACGGGUUGAAGCAGCAGCUCGAGCUUAUGUGUGAAGAGGCUCUGAACACAGAUAAGUUAAGUUUCACUCCUGAAGUGCUGAGUGAGUCAGGAAAGACUUCAUACAGGUUCAGGUGUCCUGGUCCAGGUGUGUUCCAGUGUGCCUCGACUGGACUCGUGUUCGUCAUGGCUCAGGAGGCAGAGCUGCUGUACAGGACUGUCCAAUGGGAUGAGAGCCUCCUCCAAUCAGCUGGAAAGAUGGCUGCAGGGCUGCUGUUUGAUAUCAAGUGUUCAGAAGAAGCUGCUGUCUGUCAGCUCCACCUGCCGCACUGUGAAACAAAGGAAGCGUUGCUCUUUGAAGGCUUGUUGUCGGUCGUCCACAUGGCAGAUGAUGGGAUGAGCAUCUUGGAGCCGCUGGACAUUACAGACACUCAUGUGGUUGUGAAAGUCCCCCACCUGUCUGCUUUUGGUCUGGUCUGGGACUUCAUUCAAAGAGUUCUGAACAUCUCGUCGCCAAUCAGCGGCCAAGUUCUGCUGUUCCUCCGACCUCCACUCAUCGGGCACCCAGUACUCGAUGUGUUUCUGCUGCCGAACAACAUCCCUCUAAGUGAGGUUGCUGCCCAACAAGCAGGAGCUGUGAACAUCAGGAUCUCCUCUGACUGUCAUCUCAGCUUCACUCAGAGUUACAGUGUGCACUGUGAACCCGAGGGCUUCACAAUACAGCCUGAGUGUGCAACGUUUCGCUCAUCGACUGGACCAAAUUACUAUCCAACAUUUGAAGUUUUCCUGACUACAAACCCAGAGAAAGUGACCCUGAUGGUCCAGGACCAAGAGAGGAGAGAAGUCUGGAAACGUGUUGUGUAUCUGACAGGUUCAAGACGGGAAACUCCACAGAUGAAUGUCCCAGCAGGGGACGGGGGCCCUGCGGGAGGCGGGGGCCUAGCAGAGGAUAGGGGCCCAGCAGGGGACAGGGGCCCAGCAGAGGACGGGGACCCAGCGCGGGACGGUGGCCUAGCAGGGGAAGGGGGCCCAGCGGGGGGCGGGGGCCCUGCGGGGGACAGGGGCCUAGCAGGGGAUGGGGGCCUAGCAGAGGACAGGGGCCCAGCGGGGGACAGGGGCCCAGCAGAGGACAGGGACCCAGUGCGGGACAGGGGCCCUGCGGGGGGCAGGGGCCCAGCAGAGGAUAGGGGCCCAGCAGAGGAUAGGGGCCUAGCAGAGGACGGGGGCCCAGUGGGGGGCGGGGGCCAUGCGGGGGACAGGGGCCCAGCAGAGGACGGGGGCCCAGUGGGGGGCGGGGGCCCAGCAGGGGACAGGUUGUUAGCAGUUAGGACAGAAUUUGUAAACCGAGUGUCUGAUCCUGUUUUGAACCAGCUCCUUGACAAACUAUUUCAACACUGCAUUAUAACUGAUGAGGAAAUGCAGACGAUGAGAAGAAAAUUCAGAGAGGAAAAAGCACGAGAUGUGAUCGACACGGUGCGAAGAAAAGGAGCUGCAGCCAGUUCGGUCCUGAUCGCUGCUUUCUGUGAUGUGGAUCAGCACCUUUCCAGAGUGCUGAACUUAAGAAGACAAUAA